UAACUGCUAAAGGAUUUCCUCGAAAUGUCUCUAGGUAGUUUCACUGGUGAGCGGUGUUAUUGAUAGAGCGUCCACAGCGAUGGAAACGGUCAGUAUGAAUUUAACUCUGACUGAGUUCUCAUCUCUGAAGUCGAUCAAGACGGGUAGUCGAGCAGUACAUUGUGUAUCGGAAUGCCCCCUUCAAGCUGCGACCCAGUUCACAAGGCAAUGUGUAACACCCUCGACAGAGACUUGGGCCGCGCGGACUUAACCGAGUGGGGCAGUUGUGUUGAUGUUCACAUCCAUGACAUAACGAAAUCUUCACGCAGAACUCUGGCGAGUCCAACACGAGAGCCACAGAAGAGAGCAACUGAUGUAUCGAAAGAAAAUAAGGAUUAUGUUUAUCAAAAAGUGACAUCUGAAACAGACUUCAACAUCGUCUUAAAGAGUUUGUGCGAUGCAAAAGACAGCUGCUGGUAUUAUGGCGAUUGUUCCAGUGCGGAGGCAAAGACUGUCCUCAAGCACCAACCUAGAGGUACGUUUAUUAUCAGGAACAGCUCUGAUUCAAAAUAUUUAUUUGCUCUGAGUGUGAAAACAGAGAGAGGACCGACGAGUGUGAGAAUUCGGUAUUCUCGUGGUUUAUUUCAGCUGGACUGCGAGGACCAUUUAAAGAACAAAUUACCAAAGUGUGAAAGUGUGGUGGGACUUGUAAAUUUCCAUAUAGCUCUGAGUAAAAGUGAGGUGUUCAAGGAUUGUCGAUGGUUGGAGAAAUCAGGAAGCAGAGACAUGCCAGUGUACCUCACACAACCGAGACGGAACCAGGUCCCCUCUCUGCAGCAUCUAUGUAGACUUCAAGUGAACUCCUCGAUGACAGAUUUACACUUCCCAGAAAGAUCGACUCGAAGACUUCCUUUGCCCAAGACUAUGAAAACCUUCCUGGAGGAUUACCCUUACACUAUAUGAAAGACGUAAGGACUUCAGACUUCUAGUUAUUGUGAUCAUUAUGUUGUUGUUAAAGACUCCUGAUGAUAAGGUGCGAGUCAAUAGGAGCAAUCGGCGGUGGACUAUGAUUCUUCGAAAACAGUCAGAUCCAGGAACUCUUCCCAGAAUACACGUAAUUAUGUCACACGAUGUAAAUGCAGAGAGACGCAUGGAAUAUGUGUAGAGAUAAGCAGACGGUACGAUGUACAGACAACCACGAGGGUACAGUGUACGGACAACCAUUGGAGUAGUGUACGGACGUAUUAACGUACUAACGAGAUGGGAUAUGUUUCUGUACAGAGGGGAUACUAUGUGGUACAGUACGUGUCUACAAACACCAGGUGUUCAGACUCCUAUCUAACGAGAGACCAUGUGUUUUUCACUGAUGUGGAUACGUAGUCCAUGACAACCCCCUGAGGUAAUAUACGUGCGUACGUCUGUCCUCAUCACCCAUCAAUACACGAACACUGGUCAACCUCAUUGCUAGAUUCAAUCAAAAUAAGCAGACAAUCGACCAUGAUAGUACACGGGUGCCCCUUAAAGCCACCUUAAAGCACUCCAUUGUAAACUUGCCAUUUCAUUUUAAUUUAUAUUGUAUCGGGAAUGUUGUAAAUGCUAUUGAACCACAUUGUACAUAUUUACUUCGUGUGUAACUGUCAGUGCAUGUAUAAUGAGACGCGAGAAUGAAAAUGCUCUUUGCCGUCGUUGUCACAAAUAGUCGAUGUGGUCAGACGCGAGAUUGAAAAUGCUUGUUGUGGUCGUUGCUAGGUGGAUGAGUGUUUUGGUGGUGUUUUGAUGUUUAUGAAUGUAUGGAGAUGUGAAUCACUUGAAAUUAAAAACAAGAAACAU